AAGUUCAGGAUUCAGCUUCCUUAACUCUCCUAUGUGGACUAGAAGACCAUGAGACCAUAUUUGAACGCGGCUAUAAAGCUCGAACCUUUUCGUCUUCUUCUUUCUCCAAUUUUUCUCAGUAGCAGCAGCACUGGCAGUCCAACCUUCCCGUUACGAAACUUUCAGUUCCCAACCGAAACCAGAGCCCCACGCCACGUUAUUCUUCGUCGCUGUUGUUGCAGAGCGAUGGGGACAUCGUCACCGGAAGCAGCUGUUCGUGUUCAAGUUAGGGACAAGAUUGAAUUAACGGAGAUUGAGAAAAAGAUAUUCGAUCGACUUCUCAACACUCUCCGCCAAUUCAAUCUCCAAACCGAGCUGCGUGUUGCAGGUGGUUGGGUUCGUGAUAAGCUUCUAGGCAAGGAAUGUUAUGACAUUGAUAUUGCUAUUGAUAAUAUGUUGGGCAGUGAGUUUGUUGAUAAGGUCAGGGAAUACUUGUUAUCUACUGGGGAAGAGGUACAGGGGCUUGGUAUUAUUCCACGGAAUCCUGAACAGUCCAAACACUUAGAAACUGCACGGAUGCGCCUUUUUGAUUUAUGGAUUGAUUUUGUGAACUUAAGGAGUGAAGACUAUAGUGAGGGCAGUCGCAUUCCUACAAUGAAAUUUGGCACAGCAAAAGAGGAUGCUUUGAGAAGGGAUUUAACUAUUAACAGCUUGUUCUAUAAUAUUAACACCUGUUUGGUAGAAGACCUUACUGGAAGAGGUAUUGAAGAUCUGAAAACUGGAAAAAUAGUAACUCCUUUACCUGCAAAGGCUACUUUUUUGGAUGAUCCACUUCGAGUUCUUCGAGCUAUUCGGUUUGGUGCAAGGUUCGAAUUCAUACUAGACGAAGAACUCAAAGCAGCUGCUGCUUGUGAUGAUGUGAAAAGUGCCCUUGCAGCAAAAAUUAGCAAAGAGCGCAUUGGAACUGAAAUUGAUCUCAUGAUCUCUGGCAAACAUCCUGUUAAAGCUGUUACAUACAUUGCGGAUUUGACAUUAUUUUGGGUUGUCUUUGGUCUUCCUCCAAAGGUUGAGCCAGCAAUGUCAGAAGGAUGCCACAAGCUCUGUAUUGCUUACUUGGAUGCUGCAUGGAAUCUUAUUCAAUUAAUUGGGCAUUCUUUCUUCACUGUUGAACAAAGGAGACUCUCUUUAUAUGCAGCUUUAUUCCUUCCAUUCAGAAAUACUACAUACAAGGAUGAGAAGGGUAAAAAGAUUCCUGUUGUUAACUUUAUCUUCAAAGAUUCUCUCAAGCAAAAGUCCAGCGAUUCUGAAACAGUUAUGAAGAUACACAGGUCAUUAGAGAAAUUCUUAAACUUAGUUGAUUUGCUUUCCUCUAAUGAGGACACCCGGCCAGCUGAAGUUGACUGGGGACUAGAACUUAUUGAUGUACCUUUCUCAUCAAAACUCCGAGUAUUGGCAGGAUUUCUACUACGAGACAUCAAAGAUUUUUGGCGAGUUGCUUUGUUGAUAUCUACAUUGAUAUAUCCUAUCAACGUUGACUCUAGUAAAGAUUUUUUAGAAAAGCAAUAUCAACUUGACAAGAGAAUAGAACUAUUUAAGACAGUUGAGGAUGCCAUCACUAAAUUAGGUCUUGAAAAAAUAUGGGAUGCAAAGCCAUUGGUUGGAGGGAAAGAGAUUAUGAGUGUUUUGCAGCUUAAAUCCGGAGGACCACUUGUUAGGGAGUGGCAACAAAAAUUGCUGGCAUGGCAGCUUGCCCAUCCCACAGGAACUGCAGAAGAAUGUCUUGAUUGGAUGAAGGAAACACAUGCCAAGCGUGUGAGAACGGUGUAAUCAUUCUACUGAAACACAUCUCACUAUCUAAAAAGAAGAUCUCACCUGGGCUGUCUGGCAAUUGCUUUUGCUUUGAAUUUUGCACUUGCCUGAUCCCAUGAACAUACAUGUAGCUUUGGACCGUAGCAGUCGACGGGAGCUUCGUAUAUAGGCAGCUGGAGCAUUCAUCCAAGUGUGAAGAGAUUUGACCAACGUUUCCAAUAACAGUUUUAGAUCUUUGGAGAUUACUUUGUAGUUGCAUUUUUAAUCCUAAUCUUAUGAAGCAGUUGUAGCCCUGUUUAUAAACUAUAAUUUUAUAGGAAUUGAAUUCUAUUGAUAUUUAUUUUUUCAGUUUUUAUGUUUGGAAUUUUAAACUUGAUGUAGCAGAAGGUGUUUUAUCGGCGAAACUUGAAAAGCUCUUGAUGUUGUUA